AUGGGUGGGGGAGUGAGAAGAACAUUGAAGAAGGGUUUAGGAGAGAUGGGGUUCGCCGUCGGUGGUGGAACCGUCAACUGGUUCCCUGGCCACAUGGCUGCAGCCACUCGAGCCAUUCGCGACCGCCUCAAGCUCGCCGACCUCGUCAUCGAAGUCCGCGACGCCCGCAUACCACUGUCCUCUGCAAACCAAGACCUCCAGCCUUUGCUCUCCAGCAAACGACGCCUUAUUGCUCUCAACAAGAAAGAUUUGGCCAAUCCCAAUAUCAUGCAUGAGAAGAUUAAGCGAGCUACAGUGGGACCAUUGCCUGGUGUUACACAAGAUAUUGCCGGAUAUAAGAUUGACUUGCCUAAUCUGAUUAUAAUGGAGAUGUAUGGGGCGAUAGAUAAUGAGGUAGCCAAUGCUUUUCUUCCUUUUGGAGGAAUAAUUAGAGCUUUGCUGAAGAAACAUGGAGCGGAGAUUUCUUUUGAGAUAGAAUAUAAAGAAUCAAUGUUUGUGAUAUCUAGCAGUGCUAUUGCCCAUCACCCUAGCAUAUAUGUUUUGGACAGUCCAGGAGUAUUGGUUCCUAGUAUCCCAAACAUAGAAACAGGGUUAAAGCUAGCUUUAGCAGGGUCCGUGAAAGAUUCUGUGGUUGGGGAAGAGCGUAUUGCUCAGUAUUUACUAGCAGUUCUGAACACUCGGAGCACUCCCCUACACUGGAGGCACUUGAAUGGUAGAGGAACUGAGGUGCUUAAGUGUGAAUCUGAUGACAAAAAAGAGUAUAACCUCAGAGAUCUUCUGCCGAAAAGGAGGAAGCCCCAAAGUAACUCUGAUGUGCAUUACAUUGAGGAUAUUGUUACUGAAGUUCAGCGUGCACUAUACACACCUCUCUCGGAAUUCAAUGGUAGUUUGGAGAAUGAAAGUGAUCUGGAGAGCCUUAUAGAGCAGCAGUUUGAAGCGCUCCAGAAAGCAUUGAAGAUACCCCACAAGGCAUCUGAAGCUCGUACCAUGGUGUCAAAGAAGUUCCUCACUUUAUUCAGGAUAGGUAAACUCGGUCCCUUCAUCCUUGACGAUGUCCCUGAUGCCUCUAAUUCUCUAUCUUAA